GCUGUCGCGCGCGUCGGCCGUAAAGCGCAGGCGGGAAAUCCAGGGAGGGAAGGCGGAAGGUCGCGCGCGAGGGCGCGGAAGCGGCGCAGAAGCAGACGUUGUGUGGAUUUCUCCGUCGGGCCUUGGGGAGAUCCGACGGACCUGUUGUCAAGAUGUUCCUCCGGCUAUUGUCGGAUGUCCGAUGGCAAAGGAUUGGCCCAGGCUGGUGGAGCACGUCCAGCUCUCGGCACAGCAGUACAAGUGGAGCAGAACCUUACCUGACGCCCCUGCCAGCCCACGCCCAGGUGGUUAUCUGUGGGGGUGGAAUCAUGGGUACGUCCGUGGCAUAUCACCUCUCCAAACUAGGGUGGAAGGACAUCGUCUUACUGGAACAGGGCAGGCUAGCAGCUGGCUCCACGAGAUUCUGCUCAGGAAUUGUCAGCACAGCAAAGCACCUGUCCAUUGAGCUGAAGAUGGCCGACUACUCGAACAAGCUGUAUCAGCAACUUGAGGAGGAGACAGGGAUAAAAACUGGUUACGUGAGGACCGGUUCUAUCUCAUUAGCUCAGACGCAGGACCGACUGAUUUCCCUGAAGCGCAUAGCCUCGCGGCUCAAGGUCAUGGGGAUCCCGUGUGAGAUCAUCCCCCCGAAGAAAGUGGCGCAGCUCCACCCACUGAUCAACAUCCACGACCUGGUGGGGGCCAUGCACGUGCUGGAGGAUGCCGUCGUGUCGUCUGCCGACGUGAGCCUCGCCCUGGCCAGUGCUGCCUCUUCGAACGGGGUCCAGAUCCACGAGCGAACGAGCGUCAUCCAUGUCUUGUGCCAAAAGGGCUGCGUGGCUGGAGUGGAGACCGACAGAGGGCUGAUCGAGUGCCAGUAUUUUGUGAACUGUGCUGGGCAGUGGGCUUACGAGCUGGGCCUUUCCAACGAGGAUCCGGUCAGCAUCCCGCUGCACGCCUGUGAGCACUUCUAUGUCCUGACACGCCCCUUGAAGACGCCGCUGGAGAGCAGCACGCCAAGUAUUGUGGACCCCGACGGGAGGAUCUACAUUCGCAGCUGGCAGGGUGGCAUCCUCUCAGGUGGCUUUGAGAAGAAUCCCAAGCCCAUUUUUACAGAGGGACGGAACCAGCUGGAGAUACAGAACUUGCAAGAGGAUUGGGAUCACUUUGAGCCGCUUUUGAGUGCCCUUCUGCGGAGGAUGCCAGGUCUGGAGGCCCUGGAGAUUGUGCAGCUGGUGAAUUGCCCAGAAUCCUUCACUCCAGACAUGCGAUGCAUCAUGGGAGAGUCGCCCACCGUGCAGGGCUACUUUGUCCUGGCAGGAAUGAACUCGGCUGGCACGUCCUUUGGUGGGGGAGCAGGCAAGUACCUGGCUGAAUGGAUGGUGAACGGCUACCCUUCCGAUAACGUGUGGCCCCUGGACCUGAAGCGCUUUGGCGCCCUGCAGAGCAGCCGCACUUUUCUCCGCCACCGUGUCAUGGAAGUGAUGCCCCUGAUCUAUGACCUGAAAGUUCCCCGCUGGGAUUUCCAGACCGGCAGGCAACUGCGCACGUCGCCCCUCUAUGACCGGCUGGACGCCCAAGGAGCGAGGUGGAUGGAGAAGCAUGGCUUUGAGAGGGCAAAGUUCUUCGUGCCACCUGGAAAAGACUUGCUGGCCCUGGAUCAGAGCAAGACCUUCUACAAGCCGGACUGGUUUGACAUCGUGGGGGCAGAGGUCAAGUGCUGCAAGGAGGCGGUGUGCGUCGUUGACAUGUCCUCCUUCACCAAGUUUGAAAUAAGUUCCACGGGAGACCAGGCCCUGGAGGUCCUGCAGUAUCUCUUCUCCAAUGACCUGGAUGUGCCGGUUGGACACAUUGUGCACACAGGGAUGCUCAAUCACAACGGAGGGUAUGAGAAUGACUGCAGCGUGGUCCGCUUAAACAAGCGAUGCUUCUUCAUGAUUUCCCCCACAGACCAGCAAGUCCAUUGCUGGGCCUGGUUGAAGAAGCACAUGCCGGAUGACAGCAACCUGCUUUUGGAAGAUGUUACCUGGAAGUACACAGCUCUGAAUCUGAUUGGCCCUCGGGCUGUGGAUGUCCUGUCAGAGCUGUCCUAUGCACCGAUGGCCCCAGAGCACUUCCCCUCCCUCUUUUGCAAGGAGAUGAGCGUGGGCUAUGCCAAUGGCAUCCGUGUCAUGAGCAUGACGCAUACUGGAGAGCCGGGAUUCAUGCUCUACAUCCCCAUUGAGUACGCCCUGCACGUGUACAACGAGGUGAUGAGUGUGGGGCAGAAGUACGGGAUCCGGAACUCCGGCUAUUACGCCCUUCGCAGCUUGCGCAUUGAGAAGUUUUUCGCCUUCUGGGGACAAGACCUGGAUGCUUUCACCACCCCGCUGGAAUGUGGGCGCGAGUUCCGGGUGAAGCUAGAGAAGGGCACCGACUUCAUUGGGCGGGAGGCGCUGCUCCGCCAGAAGCAGGAAGGGGUCCACAAGCGCUUCAUCAUGUUCAUCCUCGAGGACCAUGACACAGACCUGGACCUCUGGCCCUGGUGGGGGGAGCCCAUCUACCGGAACGGCCACUACGUGGGCAAGACCACCAGCAGCGCCUACAGCUACACGCUGGAGCGGCACGUCUGCCUGGGUUUUGUUCAGAACCUGGACCCGGAAACCGGCCAGGAGCAGCUGGUGACGCCCGACUUCGUCAACCGGGGCGAAUACGAGAUCGACAUUGCGGGGCAGCGCUUCCAGGCCAAGGCCAAGCUGUACCCCUUCAGCUCCCUAUUCACGCCGCGCCGGCGCAAGGAGGAGAUGGAGUUCAGCGGCUACCAGGGGAAGUAGGGCGGGCCUCGUGGCUGAAGGAACGGCUGCAGCUCCAGGGGCGCUGGACUCGGUAUAGCCGCCUUCCCCAAUAUGGCGCCCUCCAGAGGUGUUGGACUACAGCUCCCAUCAUUCUGGCUGAAGGAUGAUGGGAGUGGCCGUCCACCGCAUCUGGAGGGUGUUGGGGACAGCUGUGGUACCGUCUCUCCAGUCUGUUACAUUUCAUACAUUUUAGCCCCUUUCCUGACCUUGCAUACGUAUUUUUUGCUCCUACAACCCGAGCUCCUACGUUGGCUGCAGCCGCUGAGCUCCAGGCUGAAAACGGGCUCCCCAAGAUGGCGGGCCCGGACUCUCUCCGUACGGAGCCGGCAAGGACUCGCUGACGCGAACGGGCCCUCAGAAUCCAGGCAGCGGCCUCCUGGGGCCGCCUGGACCUCAGACUCUCUUCUCCCUUUAUGGCACUUAAUCCUAUCACCUGCGGAGCCGGGGAAGCCCAGCUGCUGGAGCCCACCUUUCCCUUCUCGCCCGCUGGCACUCGGAGGGUCCGCCUGGCAUUGGGAGGUGCUUUACUAGCUCAUCUCUGCGUGAGGAGACGGGUGCAAUCCGUUAGCGGAGGUGGGGAGAGCCAGGGUUUGGCCAUUCAGUUCAGCCCCUCUGACAGGCAGCACAGGGUAACGUCCUACCGGAGACUGCAAGUCAUCAGGAUGGUGGCAUCCCCGACGGUGGGGUGAAAGCCUCUGGUGGUGCAGUUGAGGCGACAGGUUUUGAUCCCCCCUCCCCUCUCUCUGCUGUGUGUGUGUGUUGUCAUUUGGCGGCAGCUGGUGCUGUCACAGGGCUGCUGCUCGCUAGGCAAAGGGGGAAAACUCGCCGCUGAAAUUCGGUGGCCAAGCGCUGCUUUUCCCCUGGGCCUAGCAAGCGGUAAUCCCAUGGCAUGUUGGCGCUCAGUGAUGCAAUCAUGUUGGAUCCUCCCCUUCGAAGGUUGUGCAACGUGAAACGCGUUUGCUUCUGUGCCUGUAGGGGACCUGCUACAGCCUCUUAUGGGAGCUGAUCCGUGGGCAAUGCCUCACCUCCUGCUGGCCUUUUAGGGGGAAGGGGCUGGCUUGCCUCUCGUUGCCCCCCACCCGCCCCAGCACCAACCUCCAGUGCAACCGCUGAGAGCAGAUUCAGAGGCCCUUUCCUGUAAGGACUGUACCAUCGUAGGACUCAGGAGUGCUUGUUUGUGGAGGGAGGAUUUUUAGCCUGCUCACUGGUGUUGGAACAAUUUGGCCAGAGGUCUCCUUCGAGACUAGCCGCUCUCCCUCGCAAGCGAUUACUGAGUUUGAAUUCACAUCAAAGUUAAUCUUCUGGCAGUUUGCAACUGACAACUUGGUCCCAGUAAGUGAUGAAACCAAGCCAAGACGAAAGGCAGAAUGAGUGUGCCUUGCCCAUUCUUUCUCCUCUCCUAGUGAGCUGGUUUAUUGUACUUCUCUUUGGCUCCUGGAUACGGCUUUGUGUCCUCCUCCUCCUCUCUCUCUCUCUCUCUCUCUGUCCCACCCCCCACCCCUUUCUUUUAUUCCACCUGGUACACAAUUUCUCCCUUUUGCCUGUCUGGGUGGCACAAUGCACAUAACGAUGAGGUGUGUUAUCCGUGUCGUAUUUUUACGACUGCUCCCGAUUCUGAGAUAAGGAGCUGAGCGCCCCUGUUCUCCUACUCUGCCUCUUAGUUCGGAUUUCUUUUGGGGGUAAGGGGAAGUAGCAUUCAAGGAUGUGCCCAGCAGGGAUGGUCUGUCUGUGCGCGCUCACCUCCUUGGUAGAGGCAGAAUUGCAAUGCGAACCGAAGGAGGCCUCAGGCUGCGUUUUCCGCCCUGCCAGGCUGCCUUCUCCAACCUCUUGGCCUCCAGGUAUGUCAGACUGCAACUCGCAGCCAUUGGCCAUGCUGCCUAGGAGGGCUGGGAAUUGCAGUCCGACACGUCUGGUGGGCACUGGGAUGGGGAAGGUUGUUAUGGGGCAUGGCUCCCCAAAUCAGUGGUGCAGAGUGGGACACCCACUGAGGUGUGAGUGAGGCCAGCCAGAUCAAAGUGGGGAAGAGAGGGAAAACCAGCAGCUCUGCUGAGUCACGGUAGCAACCUUUUGGGGUAAGAACGCCUCCUCCAGGAGGAAAAUGCAAACAUUUCACACGCAAGAAAAUUGCUUGCUCUCUGCUGGUAGAGAAUCUUCCAAACCCAAAGGAGCCCAGCUUUCUCGCUCUCUGCACUUGUAAAGAGUCACUGCAACUGUCAGAGUUUUUACUCUGAAACACAGACGUCGACAUUCAAGGUUUCCACCAUGACGCAGCACCUGUCUGCUUUGUCAGCUGGACUAAAGAAGCCCUUUCUAUGUCUUCCCUGUGCUUGUGAUGUUUCCCAUUUAUCUCACACAGAGAUGAGAUAGAUGUUUUUUGCAGUGGGUUUAAAGUAGAUUGAAAGAGGAUCUGCUACUCAUGGUGUGUCUUCUCCUGUUUUGGCUUCUGGUUAAGCAGGUUUUUGAGGUGCCAAAAUCUGCUGAACCUGUUGGAUCUAAGGUGACAGCAGGAUGGAAGAAAUGUGUGUAUACAUCCAAAGCGAGCAAAGCCCUCUACCACAUCACUUUCAAACUCUCCUAAGCCUACAUCCAGCUUUCCUCGCACCAAAGAUGGACGCUUUGCAGGAAGGAGUUGAGGCAGGUCACAGAGCAGAGAUGUGUGUGGUUCCUUCCCUGUGUAGGCCUUCCUUGCAAGCCGUUGGACAGUCCUGCUGUAUUCCAGGCUAUCGCUCUGUUCCAACCUAAAAGCAAUGUCUAUGAUCCUGCAGAGUUUUGGUCUCAGAUUCACAUGCUUUGCACCUUUGGCUUUUUCUGAAAGAGUUUUGGAGGCUUCCUUAACUUGCAGUAACAAACACCCACCACCACCAUCACCUGCAUCUUCCCUUUCUCUUCUCCCAAAAUCAGCACUUCAAGAGUCACUCCUUUAUUCUCAAAAGCACUUUAAACAGGUUGUUCGUUUUUGGCAUUGAAUGCACCCCCAGCACGAUCAUCCGUUCCUUCUAGGAAUCAACUCCAAAAUUGGUGGGGAUAUAUAUAUUUAGCAUUAUUAUAAUUAUCAUUAUUGUUAAGUUAAAAGCUUUUGCCAUCAUCUCUUCUGCGGAACAGGCGCUAGAGUUUGAAGCUCAGUGAACCUCUCCUCCAGAGUGCCUUAUGCUCAUGAAUGUUCCCUCCCUCCGUCCCGUCUCCCAUCCCGGACUCUGCUGCUCAGCCAUCGAAGGGCCUUGAGCCGUCUGACACUUAGGAAGGAGAUGGUGUUAGUGGCUGCUGCUGCGGCUGGCCUGCAGAAAGUGGACGUGGGCGGAGACCCUGAACUCCUUUUUCUGGCCAAAGCCAGUCCUGAGAACUCCUGAUCUGAAGCGCACAAGGGGGCAGCAGCUGCAUCCCAUCCUGUCCUCCGACUGAAACGCUGCACCUUCAUCAUGUAGCAUUUCAGUGGAUCCCUCCUGUUCCACACUGGGUUUCAACGCUACCCGGUUUGUAAAUCAAUAAAUUGUUUUAACUAUUUU